CACCCAUGCACACACACACACACGCACACAAAAGAAAGUCACUGAAUGGUGACUGAAAGAGGACAAAGACGGAGCACUGAGACUGAAAGAGAAACACUGCACUGGUGGAGAGAGAGAGAGAGAGAGAGAGAGAGAGAGAGCGACAGACAGACAGAGGGAGGGAGAGAGUAAGUCAGGCAGAAAGAGAGAGAACGAGAGAGAGAAAGAGAGAGAGAAUACAGGAAGAGAAUUUUCACACACUGUGUGAUGAAGUGAUGGGAUUUUGGUGCUACAGAACACACACGAUGUUGUAAACACAACAGGAGCGAAAGAACCGGGCGGAUUUAAACACACGCACACACACACACACACACACACACACGCGCGCGCGCGCGCGCACACACACAUACACACGCACACACACACACAGACCCUGAAGUUACCGUGAGGACUUUGCACUGAGCAGAGAGAGGAGUGUGAUGUCCCGACAGAGCUGGGGGUUCUCCUCUUUGCGUCUGAAGAAUAAACCUUCAGAGGAAACAAAUGCGUUUCAGAGGAGAGGGAGAUUCUUUUCAUCUCUCAGGGAGGAUCGCAGACAGCAACUGUCCAGUGUCUCUGAAGAUGGCGGCGCUGCUGAAGGAGGGAAACAAAAUGUCUCCUCUGACAGAGAAUCGGAGAGAGCUAAAGGUAACGUUUUCCUGGGCGAGGAUGAGGAGCAGGAUAAAGGAGCGAUGAAGAGGCUCAGCUCCAUGUGGAUGUCCGUCAGGGGCAGAAUGAGCCGAGACAGAGGUCUUAAAGAACCGGACUCUCCGCUGAGCCCAGAUCCGGUUCCUGUGGAUGAACAGCAGAGAGAACCUCGCUACGCCAGCGGGCAGUUUUUCUUCGAGUACCUGGUGGUCGUCAGCCUUAAAAAAAACAAAACCGGCACGUACGAGCCCCAAAUAUCGUACCAGUUCCCCAAGAGGGAUGGAAUGGUGCGUUUUCAAAAGGAGGAAGAGGAGAAGACGCUGAAGGCCAUCACACUGUUCUGUUUUCCAGAAGGCAUUAACUGGGCUCCACUGACAGAAUAUUCCAGUGAGACGUUCUCGUUCGUCCUGACCGAGGUGGACGGCAGCAGGAGGAACGGUUACUGCCGCAGGCUGCUGCCUCAUGGAAAUGGCGCUCGUCCCCCAGAGGCGUACUGCAUCAUCAGUAAAGUGGCCUGUUUUGGUCUUUUCUCAAAAAUCUUUGACGAGGUGGAGAAGCGGCGUCAGAUCUCCAUGGCGAUGAUCUACCCGUUCAUGCAGAGUCUGCGUGAGGCUCCGUUUCCCGCUCCUGGAAACACCGUGCAGAUCAAGAGCUUCAUCCCCGACUCCGGCACUGAGAUCAUCAGUCUGACACGCCCCACAGACUCGUGGCUGGAGCACGUGGAUUUCCGCACGUUGUUCCGCUGUUUAUCGGAUGAAGAGGUGCUGCAGGUUUUCGCUGCUACGGUGUUGGAGCGCAGAAUCGUCUUCAUCGCUGAGGAGCUGGGGACAUUGUCUCAGGUGAUCCACGCUGUCUCAGUCCUCCUCCAUCCCUUCAUCUGGCAGCACACGCUCAUCUCCAUCGUGCCUCAGAUUCUGAUUGACGUCGUCAUGGCGCCCACGCCGUACCUGCUGGGGGUUCAGAAGCGCCUGGCUGAUGAGGUCAUCGAUCAGGGUGACCAGUUGCUGGCUGUUGAUUUGUCCGAGGGUCGAAAGCAAACGUUCAUCAAACGAAUCGGAGACGAGGACUCGAUUCUCCCCCCCAAGCUGAAGGAGGAGAUCCUGCAGGCUCUGAGGAGCAGGAGCCACAAAGCCAGUUUGGAGGAACUGAACCGCAUCGUCCCCGAAGCCUUCCUGCCGUUCUUCAUCAAAACCGUCGGCCAUUUUUCCAAACACUUAGUGAGGAACGGCGCGGACGCAGCGGCGCACUUCCAGAAGAGGAGCUUCUGUAAAGCCAUCGAGUCCAAAAGCAUUCGACAUUUCGUUAAGAAGUUCGUACAGACGCAGAUGUUCGACCUGUUUAUCCAGGAAGUGGAGCAGAGACCCGCCUCCCAGAUAGGUUUUUUUGAGCAGAAGAUCUCGGAGUAUCACAGGAAGAUGCGAGAGAAAGCGAAGAAACACUAGAACUUUAUAAACGUGUGUAAAAUAUACAGAAGCUGGAUGUGAAAUAAUUCUUCAGAAUGUAGAUAGAAAAAUGAGCUUUAUUUAUCUGUUAGUAAGUUUAUUGUAAAUCGGGGAACGUGUGUGUGUGUGUGUGUGUGUGUGUGUGUGUGUAAGAUGAUAUUUUAGUUUUAGAUUUUGAUCUUAAUAUUUUUUAAAUUGAUAGCGAGUGGUUUAUAAAAACUGAGCCAGAAUUAAAUAAAAACUUUUCUUUUAAA